AGACUCGACAGCUGCUAUGUUCUCCGGUUGCUAUGUUCAUGUCGGUUAAGUGAAGGUCCAAACCUGGACCAUACACCACUAAGGCGUUUUUCAGGGAGCAGGUGUCAACCAAAUGCACAGUCAUGGAAGACGACAUACAAGAAGAAGUGCUCUCAGAGUUCAGAGAGAAGCGUCUGGGCGGCUGGCAGAUUUUGCAGCUGACGGCAGCAACAGGUCUGACGGUUUAUGCAGUCUGGGCAGGAAUUUUAAUGCCAGGGUUUCGCCGAGUGCCGCUCAAAUUACAAGUGCCUUACAUACCAGCAAGCAAAGCUCAAGUUUCCAAUGUUAUGACUCUGAUGAAGGGAAGGUCGGGAGGCAUCGCUGAUCUGGGAUCAGGUGAUGGCAGGAUUGUGUUAGAAGCUUGCCGUCGGGGUUUCUCUCCAGCUGUCGGUUAUGAGCUCAACCCCUGGCUUGUUCGUCUUGCACACUUUCAUGCGUGGAGAGCUGGACACCAUAGAAGUGUUUCUUAUCGACGAGAGGACCUCUGGAAGGUUGAUCUCUCAACAUAUAAAAAUAUCACCGUAUUUUUAGCCCCCAGUGUGUUAAGUCUUUUACAAAAGAAGUUGCUGGCUGAGCUUCCGGAAGAUGCUCUGAUUGUGGCGGGACGCUUUCCCUUUCCUGAUUGGACGGCGUGUAAAGUAGAAGGUGAAGGCGUGGACAGAGCGUGGGCCUAUCAGAUACAAGAACUGAGAAAACAAUACGAGUCAAAAGAUAACCAUGUCUGAGAAUCGUUUUUUUUAACCCUCCGCUUUCUUAUUUUAUUAGUUCUUAUCACAUUUUACAGAAUUAUUACUAUUUUAAAAUAUUAUAUGUAUAUUUUUAUUGAGAUCUUAAUUUUAAGUUAAGUUGAUUAACACAACACACAACUCUCUGCAUGAGUGUGUGGGAGUUCCUUAAAGGGUUUGAGGCAUAUACUGUAGACGUGGAACACUUCCUGUUUUUAAAUGUGACCCAGAUUGUGUUAUGUGUACCGUCUUUCAAGUAUUUCUCUUUUAUUGAAAAAGGGAAAUAAAGCACAUGCAUUGUGAGUCA